AUGGAUGAAUAUAUCGAAUCACUGGAACGCCCGUGUCUAACGCAAGAUGAAAACUUGCGCAUGGAUGCCACACACUUGAAUACUUAUACACGAGUUAUAGACACGCUACUACGUUUUAUCAGUGAAGCGCCAACGGUUGCAUCAAGAGCCCCCAGGGCAAUAAGGCGAUUGUUUCGACAUCGUUUGGCGGUGGAGAAUUUGUGUCGGCUAGACUUACACACUCGAGUAGUACAUGUGCUUUUGACAAGGAUAUGCUCCACAAGAAAAUCGCCUGAUAACUGGAUGCGGGUGUUGCUUUGUUUUCAUCCAAUUAGGCGCCUUCUGGAUAAAAUUCGUGAUACUCUAAUGGAUCCCAGGUGUGAUGAAACUUGGCACAUUUCCACAUAUAAAAAUGGACCAUCGAUACUUCGGCAGAUUCUGGUCGCAUUUGGCUCUUUGGUCUCUAAUGAGAUUCUGGCACGCCUAUCGAAGAAGUUUAAGUUGAAGCGGCAGCAAUGUUUAACCAAUGAUUCAUGUGUUUUGUGGGAGGCACGCAAAGCGUUACGUUCUGAUUCGCGCAAACUAAUCAAAUUCACGUGCGGCGACCAGGAGGAAUAUGUCCCGCAACAGAGUCUCUGUCAAGGAAGUGAAUAUUUCCGGGGCAUGUUUCGGAACGCAUUUUCGGAGCGAACUCGUAACACAUUUGAAUUCAACGAGGAGAAGGAACAGUGUAGUUUCGAAGUGUUCUGUCGUUUUUUGCAUUUCAUUUGUGGAUGUGGUCGAGACUGCUUCAUCGUCCAAGAGACUGAUGUACCAGCUCUGCUCAAGGUGACCUUUGCUUCUUUCAUGUUAUACUGUGCAUCCAUGUUUGCAGCACCAGUUCAGUCAGGAUGGUUUUAA